AUGUUUUUGCUUCUGCUGAACCUGUGCAGAAACUGGAGCCAGUCCAGGGAUCCGUCUGAGGUAAGACCAGACUUCAGUCCUGCUCCAGCUGCUGUGUCACCUAAACCAAAUCCCGGAGCCGUCACCAUGCCUGCCACCGCCGAAGCCCACUCUGCUCUCCUCACCACCAACCGCAACUGCACCGUGGAGAUCACCAAUGUCACCUCCAAAUACUGUCUGGUGAACCCCAAAGUCUUCAUGGAGAAAGGCUAUAGCUACAGCCCGCCCCAGCCCACCGUGCGCAGCAACCACACCGAGGUCUUCUCCUUCACCAAAGAUGACAACACCGCAUCAGGAGCUGUGGGAGUCUUCACCUAUGAGCUCUUCCACAUGGAGAAGCGCAGCGCCAGUGAACUCAUGGCCGUCAUGUUCUCGGUGCCCUUUGAUUACAACUUCUACAAGAAUUGGUUGGGUGUCGGUGUCUUUGAAAAGUCCCAGCCCUGCAAUGAUAAGUUGUAUGAUCUCAUGUAUAACAGCAAAGAUUUCUCUCACUUUUCGCGGCACGAGGCCGACGGCUGCGGGAUCGUGUUCAGCUCCAGCACCGUGGAUGUGAGGGGCUGCAUGUCCGACGGGGGCAAAGCCAUCAUCAAGCUGGAGCUCUAUGAUCGGAUGGCUAGAUAA